UCCAGUUUCAGUUAAUUGAUUUGAAAAAUAUACCGUAGGUUGAGGGAUAUUAUCAUCAAUUUCCAUAUCAAUUUCUUCAUCAUCUUGCACAGUAGUUGAAGAAAAUAUAUUAUGAAUAUUACUUUCAGUAAUAUCGAUAUGCUCACGUUCUUUAUUUUUAGCUUCAUUAUAUACGCGUUGAUUAUCAAUGUCAAUAUCACUAUGUUCCCUUUCUUUACCUUUACUAGACGCGAGUCGAUAAUCAUUUCUAAUAACUGUAUGUUCUCGUUCUUUACCUUUACUAGAUACUAUUCGAUUGUCGGUUCUAAUAUCUCGUUCUUUAUUAUACACGGGUUGAUUAUAUUUUUUAAUAUCGUUAUGAUCUCUUUCUUUAUAUUUAGAAUUAUUAGAGACAAGUUGAUUAUCAGGGCUAGUUAAUAUAGGUAUUAUUUUAGGAACUGAAGGCGAAGGAAGUGCCAUAACUUUAUUAACAGGAAAAUUAGUAAAAUGAUUUGUUGUUGUCACAGGAAGAGAAAUAAAAUUAUUUCUCGAGCUAUUUUGUAAACUUU